GAUAUGACGUCAUCCUCUCACUCACAGCCACAUUUACUUAAUAAACGGUGCCGGUGUUCGUCUCAAGGAAUGUCUUUAAUGGAGUAUGUAUUGGCCAAUGGAUGUUAUCCAUCCCAUGGGCACUACAUAGUGAAUUCACUUAUAAGAGACGGCUUAAUGCAUAUGAAGUUAUUGACUUCCUUGAAACAGACCGGGAGAGAGUUACAACUAAUAGCGAUAGCAACGAACCGACCAAGGAGCGCAAACGGCUACGGGAAUUUACCUAGGAAUUACCGGGCAGCUGCGUCAUUAGGGAGGCACCCAUUUUAUGGUCAAUCCUCAAUACUCCAAGGGAGAGUUGCGAAUUAUCCUAUGCAAUUUUGUUUAGAUACGGGUUCAGAUACAAACAGUAUCUCCGAAGACAUCUGUACAAAAUCAAAACGACAUUGCAUACGUCAAUGGCGUUCCGCUCCUAACAGCAGCCCACGAUAUCACACUUGA